CUUGUCGUCAUAUCGCGUACAGUGCUUUAUGGUCGUUGCUGGACACACGACCUUAAUCCCUUUACUGUCAUUUCAUUCGGAUUCUUUGUCCUCGUCUUCUCAUCAAUCGCGUCGGUCCAGAUCACAUUGGUGUUUCCCGUGGAGGAAAAAGGAGAGAGGGACAGCACGUUGCAGAAGGCAGCAGCGUUCUUUGGGAGCCGUGCUGAUGACAAUGCCUCUCACGGCAGCCGAGAUUCUCGCACAUCCUGCAUACAAUACCGUGAACUGGGAUCUACCGCCGACGAAGAAGGGGAGAUGUGAAGUCGCGAAGGGCCGGAGUGGUGGGCCGUUCAAGAUCCAUUAUGAGAUCCAUGGGACGGGGGAUGUUAAGCUUGUGUGGAUAAUGGGCCUCGGCGCCUACUGCACGGCCUGGAAACGCCAGACCAAAUACUUCGGCCAUCAACGUUCGUCUCAAUAUUCCUCGCUGGUCUACGACAACCGGGGCAUGGGAUCAAGCGACAAGCCGAGCUGUCGAUACUCGACGUCGGAAAUGGCCAAAGACGCAAUCGACCUGCUACGACAUAUCGGCUGGCUCCCUCCGUCGUCAUCAUCAUCGUCAACAUCUUCGACACCCACACGAGAUCUACACGUCGUAGGUGUCAGCAUGGGUGGCAUGAUCGCCCAAGAAGUCGCGCUCCUCAUCCCGCAACACAUCGCAUCCCUCAGCCUCGUGUCGACCGCGCCUCGACUCGUCCGCACCGUCCCCUUUAUCGAGAAUCUCCGCCAACGGAUCAACAUGUUCAUCCCGCGCGACAUCGACGUGCAACUCGACGAGAUCGCGCACAGGCUCUUCUCCGACGAAUUCCUCAAGCAGCCAGACACAGAACAACCCGCCGACUCGGGGCUGAACUAUCCGACGAUCCGCGACCGUUUCGCCGCGGGUGAACUCGACAAGCGUCUUGACAGAGAAGGCUUCACGAGGAAAGGAUUCAUAUUGCAAGCGAUCGCGGCAGGCUGGCAUCACAAGAGUGCCAAGCAAAUAGCGCAGAUCGCUGAGCAAGUUGGACGAGAGAGGAUCGCCGUGCUGCAUGGCACGUAUGAUCGCAUGAUCACGUUUUAUCAUGCGGAGAUGUUGAAGGAGCAGCUCGGCGAGGGCAUUCAUUAUAAGGUGUGGGAAGGCAAGGGCCAUGUGUUGAUGUGGGAGGAGGAAGACGAGUUCAAUGCGUUUCUGGAAGACUUGUUCAAGAGAUGUGGAGGGUCGAGUCGGUAGCAUCGCAUCUGCCUGUGAUUGAUAAGACCAUCAUGGGGAUCGUGGAAAUGGAGUUUGAUGAUUACCUACUUUAGAUAGACACACGGAAGCGUGCAUUGGUUGUGUUGUACAUUAUAUAGACAUGGGUUGGGUACGGUCAUCGAAUCACCAAGGCCUCUGCUUGAGGAUUCUGUACCUCCGGUCGUCGAGCAUCAAGAAUCUCCUGAACAA